AUGAGCACUCUUGCAGGCGAGUUCAAGAGCGCCUACUCUGCUGGCUCCGGCGACGCUCUUGCAGCAGUAUUCACACCGAUCGGAACCCAAAACAAACCCUACCGGUUACAAUCGUUCUACGACUUUACAAAUGCUGCAUCCCUACAGAAAGACCUGUCCUUUGCGCUCUUUCACGGCAAGAGUCUGAAAGUACCCCGAGCCGAACAAACCGCGUGGGUCGACAUCUUUGCCGCAUACUGGGAAGCAGUUGGGGAGCUGCUGAAGUACGAGCAAGACUGGCCUGGUGCGAGCCUUGUUGCAAUCUUCACUGCAUGGAAGAAGGUUGCCAAUGCGCUGAUUCGGGGUUAUUCUUCAUCCGCCGGUAUCCCCGCCUGGACUUUGCCUUGCCUGUACACGGUGGGCAAGUACUUGCGCACCUUUGCGAUCAAUGCCGAUAUCAAAGCAGCUCCACAGGGAGCUUCAAGCUUCGGGUUCCAAGAUGAUGUUGCUGCUGAUAUUGAGAAAAAUGCGCACCUGGAGGAGGCUGCUCGCAUCAUUAAUCGAAUGUUUACUUUAUGUCUCAGUGAUCGGGCACCAAUGGAGGAAUCGCGUAAGUGGGGAAUUUAUCAAACGACGAAUUUGAUCUUCAAGACUUACUUCAGGAUCAACUCGGUCGGCCUCACUAAAAACCUUCUUCGCGCAAUUAAUGCCCAGUCAGCCGAUUUGCCUCCGCUGGAAGCAUUUCCCAAGUCCCAUAUCGUCACCUUUGAAUACUAUGUUGGAGUUAUCCACUUUUUGGAUGAGAACUAUGCAGAGGUUCGUGAAGAUGCAUUCUUUAGGGUUAUCGGUCUAACUCAAUUAAUGCAGGCCGAGAAACAUCUAGCAACUGCUUGGAGCAUGUGUCACCGAGGAGCAUCCAAGAAUCGAGAGUUGAUUCUGACAUACUUAAUCCCAUGUCAUUUGGUUACAACACAUACCCUCCCUAGUGACCAACUCCUCGCUCCGUUCCCACGCCUGGAGAAGCUCUUCCGUCCUCUGUCCAACUGUAUUCGGAAAGGGGAUCUGGUCGGAUUCGACAAAGCCAUGUCUGCCGGCGAAGAAGAGUUCGUCAAGAGACGUAUCUACUUGCCGCUGGAGCGUGGGCGCGAUAUUGCAUUGCGUAACCUGUUCCGAAAAGUGUUUAUUGUAGGAGGGUUCGAAGAGGCUAAGGAGGGACAGACUUCCCUUCGACGAACCCGUGUCCCCGUGGUGGAAUUUGCGGCUGCCUUGAGAAUUGGUACUCACGCUACCGGCCGGACACGGAUUGAUAUGGAUGAGGUGGAGUGCCUUUUAUCUAACCUUAUCUAUAAGGGACUGAUGAAAGGUUACAUUGCGCGCGAGCGAGGCAUUGUCGUUUUGAGCAAGAACAACUCUGCUUUCCCAGGAACUGGCGUCUAA